CAGAAAACUCAAUUCUCAGUCACAUAUAUUCAGUACAGUACAGCUGCUAUUUCUUCUUCUGGCUAUUAUAAUACACGCUAUUAUAUAUACACUAGUAUAUAUAUAAAUUCUACAGACCCUCCAAACCAAAAUCCCAGAAAAGGGGAAAACAAAUAAAAAAAAUUUUUAAAGCUUUGAAGCUAUGCCAUAAUGGAGUCUACAAGGCUUCAAUUCUUGAUGAUGCUCUGCACUUUCAUGGCGAUAAACAGCCUCUGUUGUUGCGUUUCUUCAAAGCAGAAGCCUCUAAUGUUGCUGACUCUUGAAGCUAAGGAAUUGUCGUCUGUUUCGGCAACCUUAAAGGCUCCGAACAAGCUGCCGUUUAACCAUAAUGUUUCUUUGACGGUUAAUUUGGCGGUUGGGUCGCCGCCGCAGGCGGUUACUAUGGUUCUUGAUACUGGGAGUGAGCUUUCGUGGCUUCGUUGCAAGAAAACGCCAAACACGCCCUCCGUUUUCUCGCCGGGUUUUUCGCGGACAUAUUCUCCCGUCCCCUGUUCUUCGGCGACAUGCAGGACCCGGACCCGGGAUUUCCCCAUACCCGUUUCGUGCGACCCGAAAAGCCUCUGCCACGUCAUCCUGUCCUACGCGGAUGCGUCGUCGGUGGAGGGGAAUUUGGCGGGAGAGACUUUCCGGGUUGGGAAUUCGGGCCUGCCCGGAGUGGUGUUCGGGUGUAUGGAUUCCGGGUCGAGCUCGAACCCGGGUGAGGACGCUAAGACGACCGGGUUAAUGGGGAUGAAUCUGGGCGGGUUAUCGUUUGUUUCUCAGAUGGGUUUUCCGGCGUUUUCGUAUUGUAUUCCGGGCCGGAACACCGCCGGCGUUUUGCUCUUCGGGGAAGCCAAUUUCCCGUGGCUGAAGCCGCUGAGCUACACUCCACUAGUGAAGAUAUCAACGCCGCUGCCGUCAUUUGACCGGGCGGCGUACACCGUCCAGCUGACCGGAAUCAAGGUUUCCGGCACCGUUCUCCCCAUCCCCGAGCCCGUCCUAAACCCGGACCACACAGGGGCGGGCCAAACCAUGGUCGACUCGGGCACCCAAUUCACCUUCCUACUCGGCCCGGCCUACACGCCGUUAAAGAACGAGUUCACAAGUCAAACAAGAGGGAUACUAAGACUGUUAAACGAACCCAACUUUGUGUUCCAAGGAGCCAUGGAUUUGUGCUUUCUUGUGGAGUCAACUCGGGCGAGUCUGCCGGCAUUGCCAGCUGUUACACUGAUGUUUAAUGGAGCAGAUAUGAGUGUGAGUGGGGAUAAAUUGUUGUACAAAGUUCCGGGUCAGACCCGGGGAAAGGACCAAAUCUAUUGUUUCACAUUUGGGAACUCGGAUUUGCUAGGGAUUGAGGCUUAUGUGAUUGGACACCAUCAUCAACAAAAUCUAUGGAUGGAGUUUGAUCUUGCCAAGUCAAGAGUGGGGUUAGCUGAGGUUAGGUGUGAUUUAGCUAGUCAAAGAUUGGGACUUGGCUUAUGACUUUUCUUUACACUCUUUUUAAUUCUUUCCUUCACAAAAUAUAUCAUAUUUAAAAGUUAGAGUGUCAACAAUAAUACACCUAAAUGUGUAUAUUACUAUUGUUACUAAUUUUGAAAAGUAUUGAGCAAACAAUGAGACUUUCAACUGGUUCA